AUGGGCAAGCAAGGGCCUUGCUAUCACUGUGGAGUUGCAAGCACCCCUCUCUGGCGCAAUGGGCCUCCUGACAAGCCAGUAUUGUGCAAUGCAUGUGGAUCUCGAUGGCGGACAAAGGGAACUCUUGCAAACUAUACUCCACUUCAUUCUCGUGCCGACCCUGAUGAUUACGAGGAUCAUAGGGUGUCCAGAGUGAAGAGCAUAUCUAUAAAUAAGAACAAAGAACUGAAACUUCUAAAACGAAAGCUAAAUCAUGACAGCAUCAUAAAUGGAGGGUUUGCCCCUGACUACAGCCAGGGUUUCCGGAAGGUUGUAGAUGAAGAUACUAGUAAUAGAUCAAGUUCUGGUUCAGCGAUAUCUAACUCUGAAAGCUGUGCUCAAUUUGGCAGUGGGGAUGCUAGUGAUUUGACAGGUCCAGCUCAGUCAGUUGUUUGGGACUCAACAGUUCCCUCUAGGAAGAGGACCUGUGUCAAUCGUCCAAAGCCUUCUCCUGUUGAGAAACUUACAAAGGACUUAUAUACUAUUUUGCAUGAGCAACAAUCUUCCUACUUCUCUGGAUCUUCUGAAGAGGAUUUGCUUUUUGAUAGUGAAAAACCAAUGGUUUCGGUUGAGAUAGGACAUGGAAGCGUUCUCAUUAGACAUCCUAGCUCUAUAGCUCAAGAUGAGGAAUCUGAAGCAAGUUCUCUGUCAGUUGAAAACAGACAAUACUCGGCAAAUGAGGCAUAUUCACGUUCUGUGGCCCUCCCCAUAGAUAAUGUGAAUACGAGUGUCAGUGCAGCAAGGUAUAUGAAUGACAAAGCUAAACAAGCUAUGGGACAAGGGAUGCAACUACAGCAGCCUAAAAGGGACAAGUUUCAGCAUGAAAAACUACAACUUUUGGGAAGUCGUGGUUCACCACUGUGUAAUAUAGAUUUCAAUGAUAUUCUUAACUUCGAGGAGUUCACAAAAAAAUUGUCAAGUGAGGAGCAGCAGCAGUUGUUUAAAUAUUUACCUUCACCUGACACUGCCAAACUUCCUGAUAGCCUUGGAAACAUGUUCGAUAGUCCUCAAUUCAAAGAGAACAUGUCUUCCUUUCAGCAACUACUGGCGGAAGGAGUAUUUGAUAUCUCCUUCUCAGGUGCAAAGACUGAAGACUGUAAGACUUUGAAAAGGCUUGCAUUAUUCAAUUUAACAAAAUCCAAAUGGGUGGAACAUUAUCAUCAGCUGAAGAAACUUAAGAAUAGCCCUGGGAAACUUGUUGUUGGAAGAGGACCAAAUGCCAUUGCAUCAAAUAAUUCAGUUAUCAUCAAGAGAUCACAUGACAGCGAAAAUCAUAAAAUUCUAGAAGCAAAGGGUGUGAUGAAGAGCCCUAAAAGGGUUAUCAUGAAGGCGUCUUAUGAAAGCAAAGAACUCAUGGACAAUGAUGGCUCUUGCUUUAGUCCAAGAAGCCUAUUUGCAUUGCCUCCUGAAAGUAGCUCUCUCAUGUUGGACUCUCUUCAUUUUGUCGAUGAAAGUCCUGACCAGGAUCUGCUGCUGGAUGUGCCGUCUAACGGCUCAUUCCCACAGGCAGAGCUCCUUAAUCCAACUAUAAGUUACGGCCAACAGGAGAGCACUAGUAAUAGCAGUAUAUACCCACAUCUUGUUGGUCGGUAGUGAUGUUUGUAAAAUGAUACUUUGUUCACUUGGCCAAAUAAUAGAUGCAGCUUCUGCGGCAUAUCAUGACUGGGGCAACUUGUUUUGCAUAUCAAGUGCAUAAAAGCUUGUGAAUGAGGUUUGAUGGUUGCUUUUUAAUUCACCCUGCAAUCUUCUCAAACACUUUCGAUGCUUCAA